AUGGCUGAUGCUACGACUGACACCGGUCCGACUGUGACCUCCGACAAAGGUCCUGUGCCCUCUCAUACUGUCGACGAGCCGAUCGGGGAUCUCCAGCUUCCUCGAGGAUGGAUGUAUAAGUCGUGGAAGAUGGGGUCCUUGAGCACGCCCUGGUACGCGUCUCCGAGGUUCCAGCUCGGUAUGGUCGCGUUUGUCUGUUUCAUGUGCCCGGGCAUGUUCAAUGCGCUCGGUGGCCUGGGCGGUGGUGGCAAAGCCGAUCCGACUUUGGCAGAUAAAAUGAACCUCACCCUGUACAGUGUCUUUGCCGUUGUCGGUUUCUUCUCUGGCUCGAUUGUCAAUUGGAUCGGGAUUCGGCUGUCCCUCUCCUUUGGUGGAAUCGGAUAUUGUAUCUAUGCGAUCAGUCUUCUCGUCUCCGUGCAUAAAUAUGUUCCGGGGUUCAACAUCUUCGCUGGUGCCCUACUAGGUGCUUGUGCGGGUAUCCUGUGGUCGGCUCAGGGAGCUAUCAUGAUGUCUUACCCCCACGAACACCAGAAAGGCCGGUAUUUUGCCUGGUUCUGGGGUAUCUUUAAUAUCGGCGCCUGUAUGGGCAGUCUGAUCGCCCUCGGCACGAAUAUUGACGUCACAACUGCAGCCACCGUCAGCGAUGGAACGUACAUUGCUUUCAUUGUCCUCAUGUUCUUUGGCGCUUGCUUGGCUCUUAUGCUCUGCGAUGCAAAGAAGGUUAUUCGCCGCGACGGAUCCCGAAUUAUUAUUAUGAAAAACCCAACGUGGAAAACCGAGUUGUACGGGCUUUACGACACGCUUAGGAACGAACCUUUUGUCGUCCUUCUUUUCCCCAUGUUCUGGUCUUCCAACUGGUUCUACACAUACCAAGGAAACGCAAUCAAUGUCGCCUACUUCAACACCCGCACGAGAGCCUUGAAUUCCUUCCUAUACUGGUUCGCUCAAAUCGUUGCUGCAAGUAUCAUCGGCCCCCUCCUCGAUAUGACCUACUUCCGUCGUACAGUGCGUGCCCGCAGCGCGUGGGCCAUCCUUUUCAUUCUGACUAUGGUUAUCUGGGGUGGUGGCUGGGCCUGGCAGAAGAACUAUACUCGCGAGUCCGUAGACACAGACACAACGGACUUUGUGCAUUGGGAUUGGACCCACCCGGGAUACGUCGGUCCCAUGUUCCUGUACUUUUUCUACGGAUUCUACGACGCCGUCUGGCAGGGCGUUAUCUACUGGUAUAUGGGGGCUCUUUCCAACUCAGGGCGCAAAGGUGCAAACUUCGCCGGCUUCUAUAAAGGUAUCCAAUCCGCGGGUGCGGCCGUGGUGUGGAGUAUAGAUUUCCACAAGGCAUCUUAUGCAGCCGAGUUCGCCAGCAACUGGGGUCUCCUCGGAGGAUCGCUACUCGUCGCCGCGCCAGUGAUCUUCCUACGUAUCAAGGACCAUGUGGAUAUCGCGGAUGAUCUGCAAAAUACUGACGAGACGGUCGAAGAUGUUCUUCCUGCUGGACAUCCGGAGAAAUAG